UACAUCGAAGGGAGCCAAGUUAAAAGAAAGGCGAGAAGUGGAUUUGUUUUGAUGUGUUGGAAAUUAUGUUGAAGUCAGAAAUGUAUUACAUUUAACACUUACACGGUGUUAUUGCCAAAGGAUAAGGUAAUUCUUUAUGGGAAUGACAUAACAUGGAAUGAGGCCGACGUAGUUGAUCACCUGCCUACUGCUGUGUGUAGAACUUGUUCAGGAAAAGAGCUACAAGCAUGGACACAGAAGACUUCCCUCCCCCACCCCCUGAAUUAUUGGCAGACAGCGUCCCAUCUGCAGAUGAAGACGAGGGAGAAGCCUUUGACUUUGAUGACAGUGGUGACGACUUACCUGAAGCACCUCCGGUUCUCCAAGCCAUCAUCAGCAAGGAUCAGAGCCAGAACAACACUGUGACCAGUCAUGCAACGUUGGACCCCGUAGCACUUUCCUCUACUGCUCCAUCAUCAGAAUAUGCAACAGUUACUACAAGCAGAUCCUACUCAGGUGGUGGGAUGACAGAAGCCGAGGGGACAUCUGCAGCUGAGGCAACUAAUGACGGGGAAAAAGAUUUAUCCCCACCUUCAUCUCCACCCCUUCCUCAUGAAGAUGACAUACAGACAAAAUCCCAAACCCCAGGCUCUGAAUGGCAAAACAGCCCUCACCCUCCACAGGCUGUCCCAAGCACCUCCUCCCGGGGCAAAGUGAACCCCUACUCUGUGAUUGACAUCACUUCCAUCCAGCUGCAGCAACCUGAGCAUCAGCAUGGGCCCUCCUCUUCCACUUCCUCUCUAAGUGAGUCAAAAGAACAAGAGGGAGAAGGCCAGGAUAUCCACACUGUUCCUGCUGGUAUUACUUCAGGAUACUCUGUGCCAGUGCCAUGUGGCUAUGCAACCCCCUCGGGUGUACCUCUCAUCACACCAGCCUACACCACACCUGUCAUCAUUCGACAUCUCUCCAUGGAUGAAGAUGUGACAGUAAUAGGCGCUAGCAACACCUCUGGUGACAGUGUUUUCAGUGAAGAGUAUCCAGCUAUAACAGAGGAAGAUGCUUUGGCUAAGUGGGCAUCGGAUCCUGCCAAUACUGCAUGGAUGGAAAAUCCAGAUGAGGUGAUCUACGAUGAUGUGCCCAGAGAAAACUCUGACUCCAACACAGAUCCAGAUGAGAUGAUCUAUGAUGACGUGGAGUUUGGUGAGGAGGGUGGCUGCAAUAGCUCCCUCGACAAUGGCUGGAGCUCUAGUGAAUUUGAAAGCUAUGAUGAGGCCAGUGACGGGGAAGGUCGUCCUGAGAAUGGCCUGCCCCAUGCCUUCAUGAGGGGAAAACCACCCCAGAGGAAGACCCAUCUCUCUCAAGAUCUGACACGCUUGAAAGAACACUAUGAGAAAAAGAUGAAAGAUCUUAUGGCAAAUACUGUGGGAACAGUAGAACUGCAGCAACUUAAACAGAAACACGAGCAGAAGAUGCAAAAGCUGGUGAAGGCAGCUAAGGAAGGGACUAAAGACGGGCUUGAGAAAACCAAAGCUGCAGUGAAGAAGGGGCGAUCGUUCAUCAAAACCAAGUCAUUUUGUCAUGAGAGGAAGUCAACCCUUCUUGAGGAUGAGGAGUCUGAACUAUUCAUUGAGGUGGACUGCUUUAACGUUGAGCCAGUUUUGUGUCCAGCACCAGAAUGUCUCUCACAGCAGCAGCUUGUUAGAAGAUGUAUAUUGGGGUCUAUUUUGGAAAGUGAGAAGAACUAUCUCAAUGCACUAAAGAGAAUAUUAGAGCAAUAUGAAAAGCCCCUGUCCCAGAUUGAGCCCAGACUGCUCAGUGACAGGAAACUGAAGAUGACCUUUUAUCGUGUGCGUGAGAUCCUGCAGUGCCAUUUCCUGUUCCAAAUUGCACUGGCGAGCCGUGUGGCUGAGUGGGACAGCCUGGAGAUGAUUGGGGAUGUUUUUGUGGCAUCGUUUUCUAAGUCCAUGGUCCUGGACGCCUACAGCGAGUAUGUGAACAACUUCAGCAAUGCAAUGGCAGUUGUAAGAAAGACAUGUGCCUCCAAACCUGGUUUCCUGGAGUUCCUCAAGAAUCGUCAGGAGGCCAGCAGCGACCGAAUGACUCUUUAUGGCCUGAUGAUGAAACCUAUUCAGAGAUUCCCACAGUUCAUUUUGCUCCUUCAGGACAUGCUGAAGAACACACCAGUAGGUCAUGCAGACCGUCUGCCCUUGCAGAUGGCCCUGACUGAACUGGAAACGCUGGCUGAAAAGCUCAACGAAAAGAAGAGGGAAGCUGACCAGCGCUGUGAGAUCCGCCAUAUUGCAAAGGCCAUGAAUGAACGCUACCUCAAUAAGCUUCUGAGUAAUGGCAGCCGCUAUCUGAUCCGUUCAGAUGACAUGGUGGAGACGGUCUACAAUGAGCGCGGGGAAAUCAUCAAAACCAAGGAGCGACGGCUCUUCCUUCUAAAUGAUGUACUCAUGUGUGCCACACCCAACAUCCGAUGUCAGGAUGGCAGUGGGAGUGGUAGUGGAAACGCUCCAGUUGACCAGAAAUUCCUUUUAAAGUGGAGUGUGCCCUUGAGCUUUGUGGAGGUGCUAGAGUUUGGAUCCAGUGAGGACAUGGCUGACAGUGGCCGCUACCCAGCACCUCAUUCUGGGGAGAAAGUGGUGAUCAAUGCUAAGCCAAACAAGCUGUACAUGGGCCCUGGUCAGCUGUACCAAGAUCUGCAGAAUCUAAUCCAUGAUCUGAGUUUGGUCAACCAGAUCUCCGCUAUGAUCAGCAGCCUCAAAGGGAACUACCAGAAUGUAAAUCCUACUGUAGCACAGGACUGGGUAUCAGGUCUCCAGAGGCUGAUACUGAAAAAGGAAGAGGAGAUUAGGGCAGCUGACCGGUGCAGGAUCCAACUCCAGCUGCCUGGCAAACAGGACAAGAUGGGUAAACCCACAUACUUCAGUGCGGUCUUCAAUACUCUUAGCCCAGCCAUCAAACAGUCUUGGAUCAGUAACUUGCAGAUGGCUAAACUGGCUCUAGAGGAGGACAACCUGCAAGGCUGGUUCUUUGCAGAAGAUAAUGGAAAUCAGAUCAAAAAGCAGAAACACCCUCUUCUGCUUCGACAAAUGCCUGUUGUUAUGUCAAAACUACAGGAGUUCAAGGUGGAAUGUGCUGUUCACAAUCCAGAACCCCACAUCAACACAGAGAGCACAGCGGACACUCCUGCCAUGGGCCACGGAUGUGUCUGGGUUGCAAGUUGCACCAACCAGAUGGGUCAGAUAGCUAUAGUAGCUAUGCAGAACUCCAGCCCUAAAGUGACAGAGUGUUUCAAUGUGGAGUCUCGGAUCCUCUGCAUGACUUACGUUCCAACAGAGCAACUUCAGGAGAAUGGCGAAAAACUUCCAGAGAACAACCACGUUCCCCUGUCGAAGGCCAAUGAUACUCCCAGUGUCUGUUUAGGCAUGGAGGAGGGCAGCAUCAUUGUGUACAAGAGCAGUCAGCGGUCCAAGAAAGUGCGUCUGCAGCAUUUCUUCACCCCAGAAAAGUCCACUGUCACCAGCCUGGUCUAUAAGAAGCACUGUCUGUAUGCCGGCCUGGUCAGCGGCUCUGUGGCAAUUUAUUCCAGAUCACAAGAUGGUUUGUGGAACUGUGACAAGCCAAAGUUACUGAAACUGGGAGUCCUGCCGGUCAAGGCUAUGCUGGCUGUGCAGGAACACCUCUGGGUUUCAUCAGGUGGACAAGUUUUCAUCAUCAGCACCCACACACAUGGUGUAGAGAGGCAGCUAGAGGCCCACCAGGAGGAGGGAAUGGUGGUGUCUCAUAUGGUGGUGGCUGGGGUGGGCAUCUGGAUCGCAUUCAGCUCUGGUUCCACACUGCGCCUCUUCCACACUGAGACCUUGGAGCACCUGCAGGACAUAAACAUUGCCACACCUGUUAACAAUAUACUACCUGGCAACCAAAGAGUGUUGGUGAGUAGUCUACUGGUUUGCCACGGUCUGCUGCUGGUAGGAACCAACUUGGGAGUGACUGUCGCUCUCUCUGUCCCCAGACUGCAGGGUAUCCCCAAAGUAACGGGUCGGGGUAUGGUGUCGUUACAUGCACAUAACGGACCUGUCAAGUUCCUCACCAUGGCUGCUGCAGUGUGCAACCGCCCAUCUGGUCUGCCAUCUUCUAGCCAUUCUCCACUUCAGCCCACAGGGUCACAGGAUGCAGAGCCCACCCAACCUCCUUUGGAUUCAAGCUCACCUCCCCCUCAGGGACGAGGUGUUUGGUUGGGAGAUGGGGGCUGCACCACCAUGGCUCUCCAGGACUCUCUGUCCUCCUCAUCCUGCGGCUCCCUAGCUCUCUCUCAGGGAUCUUUGGAGCACGGGCCAGAAGAUGGGGCACUUUAUGACAUGCUUCAUGACCCAGCCCAUCAACAGAGGGGCCACCGCUCAAGCAAGGUGGAUGUCAGCUCUCUGCUGGUGGUGUCUGGAGGUCUGGGCCAUCGCAGAGUCAACAAAAAGACCAAACAGUCUCGCCAUGAGGACACCACCUCCACCAUCAUGAUCUGGCAAAUCCCAUUACUAAACAUGUGACACUAGCACUACAUCAAGGGGUUAAUGAAAGAAAUCUACAUGCUUGCAUAGAAAUAAUCCAUUUUAUCCUUUGCUUUUAUGUUGUUUCAGGUUAAACCAAAAUGUUGAUUAGUAUUUGGGCUCAAUCAAAACAACUAAAUGUCUUAUUUAAACCUGGAUUUGUUCAGGCAUUCUCAGAAUAUUUCUACCUUGUAAAACAAAGGAUCAAUAAAACCUCAGUCAUGAUGAGCAGCGACACAAACGGCAGCUUCAGACCAGUCCAGAAAAUACUGUACUCACUUAGAAUAUAUUUAGAAAACACUGAAAAGUAUCUAAUGUUGUCCUAUAACAUGGCUAAUUCAUGUAAUCUCCAGCAUUUGUGUCACAUAGUUUGUAUACGACUGCAGUAUUUAAAAAGUGUUGAAAAAAGAAAUUGGAAGGCAAAAAUGACGGACCUGUUAAAGACAGCAUGUCAGGUUAUGAUUGGGCUUUAAAAAUGUGGGAUUCUCAUAAGAUUAGGGCGACAGUAGGUUUUUAAAAGGGGAAUUUAAACCAUCUUUCAGGGUUGUAAAUUUGACGUACAACAGCUCAAAAUUGGAUGUGAGUGAAGUUCGAGUUCAGAGGGACGAGCUGGUUUUAUAGGGAAUCAAUAAACUAUUAGAUCAGCUUGUUUGGUGCUCCAAAUAUUCUGUAAACAGGGAAAAGGGAAUGAAAAAAGAAGUGAAAAGCUAACAGCUGAACUAGUUUGAGAAGAUUUAAGGGCGUUCCUGGCUGGCCAGGUUUCUAUUCAUGAAGGGAGGAAGAUGAGUUAUAACCAAGAGAUUUUGUUUUCUUUCUUUUUUCCUUAAUGCAUCAUUAUAUCAUGUAAGGAUACAAAAUAGAAAAAGAGAUUUAUACUUUUGUCACUUGUCUGUACUUAUGUAUAUUAACAAAUCCAUAAACAUUGUUUUAUUAAGCAGACUUGUGGAGUCAUUUGAAGUUCAUUUUCAAAGCAUGGAACAAUUUCUGUGAGCUGUGUAGAGCUUUUUGUCUGUUUUACCCAUUCAUUCUAACAUCUCAUCUAUCAGUACUUUUAGUCUGAAUUUCAUAAUUACACAGUGUUAUGCAACAUUCAAGAAAAGUAGCAGAAUUAGCAGAUAAAUGAAGGAGUAGAGUGUCAGUGGGACUUUCUCUUUCCUCACUCCAACCUUGUACUCCUCUGUGAUUGUGUUCAGCAAUCAGUACAUGCCAGGACUAGCAAUGUGCCUGAGGGGCCGCAGGAACUGAGCCUGAUACAGCUCUUCCGGGAUUUCUCCUACUGCAGAGUGGGUCAAGACUCUACUCUCUUCCAACACCCACGUCUACUGUUGUGCAACCAUCCUUCGCUACAUGAUCAGUUUUAACAAAACAGACAAGAUGAUUUCAACUUGGAGUCCUUCCCACGCUACAGCUCACUGCAUCCUUAACUGAUCUCUGUUAUUUCAUCUGAUAUUUUUUUGUAGCGUGUAACACAUUAACUUGAACCUGAGAGGAUUGUCCUCCUGUAACCAGAUCUCUGACGUCAUUCAGCCUCACUGUACUCUGAGUAACACAGUUAUCACUUUGUCUGACACUUCUGUGACUGGACGUCUUUUGUUUUUCUUUUUGGUCCUGAGGUUUCCAUGACAACAGUCAUUUUGCGUAUGAUUCCUCAAAAAGCCUUUGUUCCCACUGUCUGACAUUAAAGCUUCCUUGCUGCAUGCCCUCCAAUGUUACACAGCUGAUAGUUGUGUGAUGCCCUCGCAGUGGCUUCUCGCUAUUUUUAUAUCUGAAGGCUGGUUGUUGAGACACUUUGUCUCAACGGAGGAGAGGUUAUUAUGGAUCUAUUUUUCCCUUCAACUUGCUGCUGCCCUGUGUGGUUGUGCAUUUGAAAUAGCCACAUACUGUUUUUGCCUAACAGAUAGUGUGCUUUAACAAGUUUAAGUAACCCUCUUUCUGCCACACAACAAAUACUACUUAAGGCUUUAUCUCUCUCUGCUUUCAAAAUGAAGAUGUGACUCAUAUUUUUCAGGGUAUUGUUAAAGUUUUUGGGUUAAAUCUACCCUGUGUACUGUUGCACAUGUAAGGA